GCCGGAGGGGAGCUCGGGGAGUUGACUGAGAGUCUGGAGGAGCGAGCCGCCCGCUCAUAUACCUCCGGGUGUGACGGCCGAGUGACGUGGGAGGGACCACGGACUGAGGUUUGACCUCCUACUUGCCCUUGACCGACGAGUGAGGUAUGACGUGAGUUCUGCUCCGGCCUCUCCUUGGAAAUCCCCACACGCCCCUCCUCCUGCUGUCAGUGGUUUCUGCCGUGGACUCCUUUCAUGGUGAUUUCCGCUGGAGCCUUGGCCUCUCCCUCUCCUCCUUCUCUGUGUGGGUGUGUGUGUGUGUGUGUGUGUGUGUGAGAGAGAGAGAGAGAGCGAGAGAGAGAGACCUAACACACAUCCUUUCGUUGAUGUGUGUUAGGUCUUCCUGGCUCUUGGCUCAUCCCGCUGCUUACUGUAACAGUGUUUUGGUCACGCUAAACAGCUUCUGAACCGGGAUCACAAUGAAAACAUUUGUCCCCCCCCCCCCCCCAAAAAAAAAAGUUAAAAUAUUACGGGAAAGAAAAGACAACAAGUCAACAGUUCCGGUAAAAAUAAAUAAAAUAAAUAAUCUGUUCCUCUUUGGCAAGGUCAAGCUUCUCGUCUGUUACGUGACGAUAAAUGUUCUGCAGUUAUUCUUUUUAGCCUGUCCUCUUAUUGACGACGUAUGCUUUGUUUUCGUUUUCGUUUUCGGUUGAAUUUCACCCAACGUGUCUCCACAUGACAUGGGAUGGUCACGAAUUCGAUUGAAAAAGCGUGAUGGCUCGAUUCCAUUUGGCCGCUCCGGUCGUCCCUGCCCGCUCGUGGCUUAAUGGGGCCACUAAAAUAGAGCAGAGCUGCGUUUCGACGUUAUUAACAAUAUCCGGGGCUUGUGCCAAAACUCUGUCAAACAGCUGAGUCCGGACUGAAAGAGCUCGUCAGCUCAAGUUGUUGUGCAGACAUUCGUGGUCCCCGGGUCGGUGACUCCUACUGAUCUAGGUGAACCCCCCUAACUUGAGUUCUGGCCUUAUUCACUGAUAUGUUUGUAAAAGUGCUUUAUGGACCUCAAGACAUCUGUGAUUCCCUGACACCGUCAAACGCUCUGGACUUUGCCGCGAGCUGAGGAAUCUUUGGCGCAGCAUCGGAACCGGAGUAAACCACAGUGGAACUCAAACGCAAUCACAUUCCCCCCUCCCAAGCGUCCCUCUCGUCAGGUUGGAUCCUCGGCGAUAAGAGUUUGAUUUGACAACCUUAUGGUUUGUCUCUUAUGGCUUUAGACAGUCCGAGAGUGUUUCAACGAAAUGAUCACACACUGAAAAUAGCAGAGUGGGCGUAGAGCAAGUCUGCACUGGGCCAAGCUGGAAAACAAAGAGAUCAUUCAAUCAGGGGGCAACAGACACCUCACACAGGCUAUGACUCGUGAUUUAAUUUACUGUAUCUGUCAAUAAUUGACACCAGAGAGGAAUAUUUAGGCCUGUUCUGAUCGAGCCUACACACACACACACACACACACACACACACACACACACACACACACAUUAACUGCCCAGUUUCUCGUUUUUAACUGAAAUAGGAACGAUUCUAUACAUGAAUCCACAUUUUUGCCAUUUUACAACUGCAACAAUGUGAGGAAGCAUAAUAACGGCAAUGCACAAGCAGGGUGAGAUCGGCCCGAACCGAGAGGCCGCAGCCUGUCUGUUUUCUGUCUUCCUGUGUCCUGGUUACGCUCGGAUCACCGAGGGGUUUAAUUACCGCUCAGCAAACCGCAGAGGAGCCGCAUGGGAGGCGAUGGAAGGAAUCAGAUUUUGACCGUCAUCGAUUAAAGAUUCAUCUGCAACUUUCAUCUUGCCAUCACUGAGCUCCACUCACCCUCCCUCCCUGCCUCCCAUCAUGACAGGGGAUGCUGUCCCAGCUCCCCAGCAGGGGGACCCAGCUGCUGCGGCAGCUCCGACCCCUGGGGAGCCCAUGGAUGUGGAGUGUCCCAUCUGCUAUCAGGAGUACAACCAGUACAACAAAUGCCCCCGGAUGCUGGAGUGCCUCCAUGUCUUUUGCACCGAGUGCCUCCAGAGGAUCCAUCCUUGCCGCUGCGAGCCCCCCGACCACCGCAGCCCACCAGCCAUCCCCUGCCCCUUGUGCCGCCACCUCACCCCGCUGGAAUCUGGGGAUGCCCUCUCCUUACCCAGCAACUCCCGCAUCCUGGCCAGGCUGCCCCCCUUGACCUUCCGCCUGCCUGUGACCAUGACGACCCGCCUGGCCACGGUCACCCAGAGGGUGGUGCUCUCCCUGGAGGGCGAGAGCAGGGACACCCGCUUCAUCAUCCUGCCCACCGUCAGCCUGCGGGUGCAGCAGAUGCACCCGGACAGGCCGUACGGCAUCGCGCCAGGCCUGGUGGGCGAAGAGGAGGUCAUACAGCAGAGCAAGAGGACGCUGCUCUGUGUGCAGCUGCUGGCCGUCACCUUCUGGGUGCUGUUCGUGAUCACCUGCGUGGUCGGGGUGGUGUUUGGGCCACAUUUCUUGAACAGGAAUUUUUAAAUAGAAUACAGUAGAGUAUGGAAGAAUAGGGUUAUCUACUUUCUGUAGCAGAUGUAGGUCUUGAUAUGAAGUCAUGAAAUGCUCUACAGGUGAGGCACUGUGAAAAAGACAUAGUCUGACACAUGAAAUGUGCAAACUUAGAGCUCAUAAAAACACUUUAGAUGAAUUCAGUUGUAUGUUUCUGAAUAUAUUUGUGACCACUGAGGUUGCUGUUCACCCUGUAUGAAACUAAAUCCCUAUUUUUUUUUUUACUAAUCUCUCCUCAGUGUGCUGCAUGUUUGUUGCUCUUCCAUCAUUAAUAGACUGAUGAAGAGUUCCCUCUAGUGGACCCUUUUGGAAAUGGAUAAACUAAACUUACAUUUGCCACAUUUAUCAUUUGAAAAUGUUUAACAUGCUUUGAGGUGUUGUCGUUUAUCAUUCAUUUCAAUGCGGUUCGCAGUUUCUCCCUGUCCCUGAUUGUUGACCUUAUUAUAGGCUACAGCUGAUGACCGUACUGCUCUCGAAAAACUCAUUUGCCCUGUCAGGUGCAUUACAGCUGAUCGAUUAGUAAUGGACUACUCAAGGAAGCGCCAGCUAUUUUGAUAACCGAUCAAUCAGAGUCGUUUUUUCAUCAGUUGCAGCCCUAGUGUGUGUAAAUCCAGAAAAUUACAGAUUACAGAAAACUGGGGUUGGUAAAAAAUAGUGGUAUGUGUGUGUUUGCAUGUAACAGAGAGUGUGUGUAUUUGUUUAAUCAUUUUUGGAUAAAAUUCUCAUGUAUGCUGCUUUUUUUGUGUGAAAUACAGCAAAGAUAUUUAGUUAUCAUCCCAAAAUUUCAAGCAUAUGUAAUUCGGAAUUUUCAAUGGGGCAUGUACAUCCACUCUUGUUCUGUCACACCUUAUCUGUGGCCCUUGAUAGGCUAUUUAUAAGCUGUUCGUAUGACAGGGAAUUUGAAUUCCUCAUCGUCCUAGACCCAGUUUGGUGGUUGAGGAAAUCAAGAAGUCCCUUUUACAGAUGUUGCUUCAUGUGAAUAACAGUUUUUGACGGACUGUGGUGAUGAACAUGGCUAAAAGGUUGUCAUAUGUCAGGUUUUAUAAUUCAUUAUCUUUAUUAAUGACGACAUGUUACAGUGUAACUAUGGAAAGUGAUUGUAAGGUUCAUGCAUUUUCCUCUGUGUGUUUGCUCUGUAUUGUUCUGUGCGCAUCUUGUCUGUACUUGUUAACGUUAAGCUUCUCGUUAAUUUAAUUAUUUCAUUAUUUAACCACGUCUUAUAAGUACUUUUGACUGUAUAGGAGCACAACUGUUCCAGUAAAUUACAAAUAAAGACGUUGAAAAUGUAAAAAUGUAUGUACUCGUUCACUGUUUUCACUUGGUCCUGGGCCUAUCGGGAGUCCCUUAUCAAAAAUGUUUGUGGGACAAAAAUUGAGUGCUUGUUUCAUUUUAAUUUCAAAUUGAUCAACCAAAAGAAUCAUUUGUGACAGUACCCUGAUAAUUUUUUUUUCCUUCUUUUUUUGGUACAGACAGGUCCUUCAUUGGUAAGACUUUCAGUGGAUAUCCCCCCCAAAAAAACGUUUUGCUGGUCAUUAAAGUACUGC